AUGGCUGGUAGGCACUUCAGUAUCCUUUCUUUCCUGCUUCUGAUGGUGGCUUUCCCUUAUACAGAAGCUAGUGUAGAUGUUCCAAAAACAACAGAGAAGAAAAUAGCGGUGGUGGUGGAAGCUACUGUUUAUUGCCAGAGCUGUGAGCACUUUGGAACCUGGUCUUUGAUUGGAGCCAAGCCCAUUUCUUCAGCAAAAGUAAGUGUCACAUGCAAAAGCUACAAUGGUCAUGUUAGCUACUAUAAGGUCUUUGAGACAGACAAAAGUGGAUACCUUUAUGCACCACUGGAAGGAUUCAAGAUGCAGCAUAAUAUACUUGAUCAUCCUCUCCAUUCUUGCUAUGUGAAGCCUGUUUGGUCUCCUCUUGAAAGUUGCAACCUUCUCUCUAAUGUCAAUUAUGGUCUGAAUGGAGCUCCACUUCGUUAUGAGAACAAGAAGUUGCACGGAAGCAACUACGAGGCUGUUGUAUAUGCUGCUGGUCCCUUGGCUUUCCGUCCCUCUGAUUGCUCACAGACUCAUAACUAA